AUGGUGGAUAUUGGCGUAUUCGCAACUGACCACGAUCUUCACUUCGACUCCAUGGAUGCCCUAGUUUCUUCACUCGCCACGGUCGAAGCCCUUGAGCGUGAUGGGACUCAUGCCAAGCCGGGGAGACUCUUGGAAGAAGCCUAUGUAACCAAAGGCCUGUUUCAUUGGCUUGCUCUUGGAUCCGGAAGCCUCUUCGCUCGUACCCAGUAUGCAUUGCGGAACAGGAACCGGAAGGGACAAUACUUCACUCGGGACUCGGCAGCUAUUGCGUUGGCAUGCCGUGAAGUAGACCUCCAAUACAUUGACCCUGUCUUUCUCGAUGCCUUGGACAAAUCGGUUUGUCAGUUCAACUCAGCAGUGGACCUGGGAAGCGGCAGCGGUGAGAGACUUAUGCAGAUUCUGGACCGGUUCCCGGGAUCUACUGGUAUCGGCAUUGACACUGCCGGUCCAGCGAACAGAUGUGCCAAGGCGGAUGCGGUCCGUCGUGGGUAUGACCAUCGUCUUACUUUCGUGGAGGGUGAUGCCCGGGACCUCAGCUACCAGGAAGAGCUUUCUCAGGUGGAUCUUUUGACAUCCUUUCUGAUGGGUCAUGACUUUUGGCCUAGGCAGAAAUGCAUUGCAACUCUAUGGAACCUGCGCAACAUCUUUCCGAACGUGCAGAGAUUCUUUCUCUGCGAUACCAAUUAA